UGACUUGUAUGUGUGCCAUGUUUGCAGAUGCAAGGGCAGACUGCACCUGCUCCAACUCGAGGCACUACCAAGCACAGUGGAGGCAGUGGGGAUGAUGUUGAGGAAGGAGAAGAGCAAGAGGAUAUAGGGAAUGAUGUUGUGGAUCUUCUGCCAAGAGCAGAGAUUAGUGAUAAGAUUACAGAUGAAUUGGUAUCUAAGAUCGGGGACAAAAACUGGAAGAUCCGAAAGGAGGGUCUGGAUGAAGUGACAAGCAUCAUUAAUGAUGCCAAAUUCAUACAGCCAAAUAUAGGAGAACUUCCAGCUGCCUUGAAGUGUCGUCUCAAUGACUCCAAUAAAAUCUUGGUUCAACAAACACUGAGCAUUCUCCAGCAGUUAGCCACAGCAAUGGGCCCAAACAUCAGGCAACAUGUGAAAAGCCUGGGCAUUUCCAUCAUCACAGUCCUUGGGGACAGUAAGAACAACGUACGUGCUGCUGCCCUGGCUACUGUGAAUGCCUGGACAGAACAGACUGGUAUGAAAGAAUGGUUGGAAGGAGAGGAUCUGUCUGAGGAGCUCAAAAAAGAAAACCCUUUCUUGAGACAAGAGCUUCUGGGCUGGUUAGCUGACAAGCUGCCUACCCUCCGUUCUGUUCCUUCUGAUUUGCUUUUGUGUGUGCCUCACCUGUACUCCUGCCUGGAGGAUCGAAAUGGAGAUGUGCGUAAAAAAGCACAAGAUGCCCUGCCAUUUUUUAUGAUGCAUCUUGGUUUUGAGAAGAUGGCCAAAGCUACUUGCAAGCUGAAGCCAACUUCCAAAGAUCAGGUAUUGGCCAUGCUAGAAAAAGCCAAAGCUAUUAUGCCAGCCAAACCUGCUGCUCCUGCUAAGACAUCUUCCAGAGCGGUAGGAGCAGCUCCAGCCAAAUUCCAGUCUGCAUCAGCACCUGCGGAAGAAUCAGGGUCUAGUACUAUGGAGAACAAGACUGACCCCAAAAAGGCCAAAGCAGGAGGAGCUGCAUCUAAAACUAAGGGUACGCAAGGGAAGAAGGUACCAAGCAAGCCCAACCUGAAAGAAGAUGACGACAGAUCAGGUCCUAUUUUUAUUAUAGUCCCAAAUGGGAAAGAACAGAGAAUGAAAGAUGAGAAAGGAUUGAAGGUGCUGAAGUGGAACUUUACUACCCCCCGUGAUGAAUAUAUAGAGCAGCUAAAGACUCAGAUGUCCACCUGUGUUGCUCGAUGGCUACAGGAUGAGAUGUUUCAUACAGAUUUUCAGCACCACAACAAGGCACUGGCUGUGAUGGUAGAGCACUUGGAGAGUGAAAAAGAUGGCGUCAUCAGCUGCCUGGAUCUGAUCUUGAAGUGGCUCACCCUACGGUUCUUUGAUACCAACACAAGUGUUCUGAUGAAGGCCCUUGAGUACCUUAAAUUGCUUUUCACCUUGUUGAGGCAAGAAGAGUAUCACCUUACUGAGAACGAGGCAUCCUCUUUCAUCCCAUAUCUUAUCCUGAAGGUUGGGGAACCGAAAGAUGUUAUCCGCAAAGAUGUGCGUGCCAUCCUGAAUAGGAUGUGCUUGAUCUAUCCAGCCAGCAAGAUGUUCACUUUCAUCAUGGAGGGAACAAAGUCCAAAAACUCCAAACAGCGGGCAGAGUGCCUCGAAGAGCUGGGGUGUCUUGUUGAGUCAUAUGGCAUGAAUGUGUGCCAGCCAACUCCUGGCAAAGCAUUAAAGGAGAUGGCGACUCAUAUUGGUGACAGGGACAACACUGUUCGCAAUGCUGCACUCAACACCAUCGUGACUGUCUACAAUGUUCACGGGGACCAAGUUUUCAAGCUAAUUGGAAACCUUUCUGAGAAAGACAUGAGCAUGCUGGAGGAGAGAAUAAAGCGGUCUGCUAAGAGACCAGCUGCCGCUCCAGCAAGGCAGGCAGAAGAGAAACCUCAGCGUGUUCAGAGCACUAAUGCUAAUACUAGCGUGCUUCGGAAGGGACCGGCUGAGGACAUAUCUUCCAAACUCAACCAAGCCCGCAAUAUGAAUGUCCAUUCUGAGACAACACAUACAGUUCCACGGGAAUUCCAGCUGGAUCUAGAUGAAAUUGAGAAUGACAAUGGCACAGUUCAAUGUGAGAUGCCAGCACUUGUACAGCACAAACUAGAUGACAUUUUUGAGCCAGUCCUGAUCCCAGAACCCAAGAUUCGUGCUGUCUCGCCCCAUUUCGAUGACAUGCACAGUAAUACAGCUUCCACCAUCAACUUUGUCAUCUCCCAGGUAGCCAGUGGUGACAUAAAUACUAGUAUCCAGGCUCUGGCACAGAUUGAUGAAGUCCUCAGACAGGAGGACAAAGCAGAAGCCAUGUCUGGCCACAUUGACCAGUUCCUAAUAGCUACAUUCAUGCAGCUCCGACUGAUCUACAACACACACAUGGCAGAUGAGAAACUGGACAAGGAUGAGAUAGUCAAACUCUAUAGCUGUAUUAUUGGAAAUAUGAUCUCGCUAUUUCAGAUGGAGAGCCUGGCCCGGGAGGCUUCCACAGGAGUGCUGAAGGACUUAAUGCAUGGCCUCAUUACAUUAAUGUUGGAUUCACGGGUUGAAGACCUCGAGGAAGGGCAGCAGGUCAUCCGAUCGGUCAACCUCUUGGUGGUAAAGGUUCUGGAGAAGUCUGACCAGACCAACAUCUUGAGUGCUCUGCUUGUUCUGCUCCAGGACAGUCUGCUAGCAACAGCCAGCUCUCCCAAAUUCUCAGAGCUUGUCAUGAAGUGUCUGUGGAGAAUGGUGCGGCUUCUUCCUGAAACUAUCAAUAAUAUCAACCUGGAUCGAAUCCUGCUGGACAUCCACAUUUUCAUGAAGGUGUUUCCGAAGGAGAAGCUGAAGCAGUGUAAAAGUGAAUUCCCCAUAAGGACACUUAAGACUCUGCUUCACACCCUUUGCAAGCUAAAAGGACCCAAGAUCUUGGACCACUUAACAAUGAUAGAAAACAAGAAUGAGUCUGAGCUGGAAGCUCAUUUGUGUCGAGUAAUGAAACAUUCUGUGGACCAAACUGGAAGCAAGACUGAUAAAGACACAGAAAAGGGGGCUUCUCGCAUAGAUGAAAAGUCUUCAAAGGCCAAAGUAAAUGAUAUUUUAGCAGAGAUAUUUAAGAAAAUUGGCUCCAAGGAGAACACUAAAGAGGGUCUGGCAGAACUGUAUGAAUACAAGAAGAAGUAUUCUGAUGCAGAUAUCGAGCCCUUUCUGAAAAACUCAUCUCAGUUCUUCCAGAGUUAUGUGGAACGAGGCCUCCGCCUCAUUGAGAUGGAAAGGGAGGGCAAAGGACGCAUUCCUUCAUCUACAGGAAUUUCUCCUCAGGAGGUAACAUGUGUCCCCACUUCCACAAACACAGUGUCUGCAUCCACAGGAAACACAAAUGGGGAGGAGGUGGGGCCUUCAGUCUACCUGGAAAGGCUAAAAAUCCUCAGGCAGCGUUGUGGCCUUGACAAUGCAAAGCAGGAAGACAGACCAGCAUUGCCGUCACUACUCUCCAAACCAGCAGCCCCCACAGUUGCAUCCUCCACAGAUAUGCUGCACAGUAAGCUCUCUCAGCUCCGUGAGUCACGGGAGCACUACCAGCAUUUGGACCUGGACUCCAAUCAGACUCACUCCUCUGGCACUGGAACCACCUCUUCCUCCUCCACAGCAACCAAUAUUGAUGACUUGAAAAAAAGACUGGAGAGAAUAAAAAGCAGUCGCAAAUGAAGUUGCUUGAGUGCAAGUAUGGCUGCUGCUUAGCUGUCUUCAGCUUUAGUUUUACUAAACUAGAAGUCUUCAUAGUUAAAGGGGCCUCAUUUAGGCCUAGUGUAUACAAACUGGUUUAUGUAUAAUACAGUGGAUUUUGGGGGAUGAUCUGAGUCAUUGUGGCACAAGCAUCUGUACAUACUCUGCUUCUCAGUGAGCAUCUCUUGAUAAUAGAAGACUGUGUAUUAGUUGUAGUGUACAGACCUGUAAACAGCCAUUGUCCUGCUCAGACUAGCUUCUUAUAUCUUGUUUUUUAUUUGUAAAGUUGUCUUAAGAUCUUUUCCUAGCUCCUAACUAUUAGAAGCUCUUCAGUGCUUUUAAUUUUGUGAAUUCUUCUCCAUGUAAUCCUUGAACUGUUGAUUCUGUAUGGAUGCAUGGCAUGGAGUAACUAAUUUAAGUGUCUUUUGUAAAUAAAGUUUGCAUUAACUAUA